AUGGUUCGCGCAGCAUCUCCAGCGCUGUCGGAGAAUGAGUUUGACAUAUCGAAGUCGCUUUUUGGUGGGCAAGAUGCCGGCAGCGACAGCGACAACGACUUCUCGAAGGAAGCAUCACAGUUUGGCGGCAAAGCAGCAGAGGAUCUUGCUCUGGACAGCGACGAUGGCGCGGACGAAGCCUUUAUUGCCGCAACACAGGCUGCGGCGAACCGGAAGAGCGAGAAUAAGAAUGCAAAGAAAGCUGGGGCGUUUCAGACCAUGGGCUUGAACACCCACCUCUUGAAGGCCAUUACCCGGAAAGGAUUCUCUGUGCCGACACCGAUCCAGCGCAAGACGAUUCCAUUGAUUCUGGAUGGGCAAGAUGUGGUGGGUAUGGCCAGGACAGGGUCUGGAAAAACAGCUGCAUUCGUUAUACCCAUGAUCGAGAAGUUGAAGAGCCACAGCGCAAAAGUGGGCGCGAGAGCGAUGGUGUUGAGUCCGAGCCGAGAGUUGGCGUUGCAGACGCUGAAGGUCGUGAAAGAGAUGGGCAAAGGUACAGAUCUGCGGACGACACUCUUGGUAGGCGGAGACAGUUUAGAGGAUCAGUUCGGCAGCAUGGCAAGCAACCCGGACAUCAUCAUUGCUACACCGGGACGAUUCGAGCAUCUGAAAGUGGAAAUGGGCCUGGAGCUGUCAAGUGUCACGUACGUUGUAUUCGACGAGGCAGAUCGGUUGUUCGAGAUGGGUUUCGCUGCACAACUGCACGAGAUUAUGUACUCUCUGCCGCCGAACAGACAAACUUUACUCUUCUCUGCCACUCUCCCGAAGAGCUUGGUAGAAUUCGCAAGAGCAGGUCUACAAGAUCCAAAGCUGGUGCGAUUGGAUGCAGAGAGCAAGAUUGCGCCAGGUCUGCAGAGCGCCUUCUUCACCGUGAAGCGGUCGGAGAAGGAGGGAGCACUUCUGCACAUUCUGCAAGACGUGAUUCAGAUGCCCACUGGAGAGACAGAAGCCGUCAAGAAAGCAAAGGAGCCUAAGAAGAACGACAAGAAACGCAAGCGAGGACCAGAGGGACCAUCUGCAAAUGAAACACCAUCCCAGCAUUCGACAGUUGUGUUCACCGCGACCAAGCAUCAUGUGGAGUACUUGGCCAACUUCCUCAAAUCCUUUGGCUACGCAGUGUCGUACGUGUACGGUGCUCUUGAUCAGACAGCUCGCAAGAUGCAAGUCGAGGACUUCCGAAAGGGCAUGACCAACAUCAUGGUUGUCACCGAUGUCGCGGCUCGAGGUAUCGAUAUCCCCGUCCUGGCCAAUGUCAUCAACUAUGACUUUCCUUCACAACCAAAGGUCUUUGUACAUCGUGUUGGACGAACUGCAAGAGCUGGUAAGGAGGGCUGGGCGUACAGCUUAAUCACCAGUCCUGACCUGCCAUACUUGCUUGAUCUUCAGCUGUUCUUAAGCAGGAAACUUGUACUUGGUCGGGCUGAGAAUGAUCCGAGCAUGUUCAAGGAGUCGAUUGUAAUUGGCGCUAUGAAACGAGAUAAGCUUGAGCAGUAUGACGAGGAGGUCAAAAAGCUGCUGCACGAGGAUGAUGAUCUCAAACUCAUGCAAGAUGUGGCGGGCAAGGGCGAGAAGCAGUACAUGAGGACGAGAAACGCUGCAGCUGCUGAGAGUGUUAAGCGAGCAAAGGACCUGACCACAAGCGAACGCUAUGCCGAGGCGAAUAUGCUAUUCGAUGCGGACGGACAUGCGAAUGUUGAGCAACAACGACUUGAUAUGCUUGCAAGAGUGAGCGGCUUCAGGCCGAAGGAGACUGUCUUUGAAGUGGGCAAGAGAGGUGUAGCACAAGAGGCGGCAGAGAUACAGGCCAUCAAGCGACGAAGGGCGAAGAUAGAGGCUAAGCCGAAGAACCAAAAGGACGAAGAUAGCGAUAUCGAGGUGGAAGUCAAUGGCGCUGCAGAACAGUCAUCAUACUUAGACGACGGCGACGACUCUGACGAAGAUCUCAUCUUGACACAGCCCAACGGCGUCGACAUGGACGAAGCCUCCGACACCGAGCUUAGACUUACCUUCUCUGCACCCGAGGACCCUGCAACCAAAUACAAAAAGAAGAAAACCACCGGCAAAGACGAGGAGUUUUUCAUGGGCUACAACCCUUCAACCAUCAACAUGGCCGAAGACAAAGCCUACGGCGUCAACUCUGGCGGCACGAAUUCUCACUUCCUCAACGAUGCCCGCGGCGCUACGAUGGACCUGAUCAACGACGAAUCAUCCGGCUUUAAAGAAGCCACCAAAGCCAAAGGUCUCCGCUGGGACAAGAAGAGCAAAAAGUACGUCGCCCGCGCCAACGACGAAGACGGCAGUAAAGGUCAAAAAAUGAUCAAAGGCGAAUCUGGGCAGAAGAUUGCAGCCUCUUUCAAAUCUGGUCGCUUCGAUGCGUGGCGAAAAGCUAAUCGAGUCGAACGUCUUCCGCGAGUUGGUGAGCAGGAACGUGCCAACUCGCACCAUGCCAACAGUGAGGGCGGAAAGAGGUUCAAGCACAAGCAGGAGAGGGCGCCGAAGGAGGCAGAUAAAUUCAGAGAUGAUUACUACAAGAGGAAGAAGAAGGUCGAUGCGGCGAGGGAGAAGCGGGUGGGCAAGUUUGCGGAUGGCAAGGGCAAGAGCGAGAUUCGGGGUGUUGAGGAUGUGAGGAAGUUGAGGAAGUUGCAGGAUCGGAGGAAGGAUAAGAAUGCGAGGCCGCAGAGGAAGGGGAAGUAG